ACACGGCACGCCGGGCGCGUCCUUCCGCCGCGCGCGCAAGAAUGCAGGAUCACGAUGAAUUUUACAGGACCCUCUGCUCGUCGGAGACCCUGCGCUCCGGCAGGAAGGGAUUCUUCCACGAUUUCAGCGAGCUCGUGAUGCAAACCGCGGGCGAUACCUGGACGUCGGGGACAUUCGGCCGGAUCGACGACGACGAGGGACGGGUAAGGGCGAUCUUCGCUGACGCGAAAGUAAGGGACGUCGUGGCCGACACGCUCGCGAAGGUGAAGCCCCUCUUUCGGGACAAGGACGCGGAGAUCUCCAGGCGUAGGCGACUCGAGGGAUACCAGCUCGCCGCCGUCGGCGAACACGACAAGGCCCUUUGCUGUUCAGUCAAGCUGUCCUGCGUGCGCCUCAGCCAGGUAGAAACAAGAAGGUCGAUCAGGGUCUGUCGUUGCCCCUGGCGCUGCUGGGAAGAGCCGAGAUCUUUAUGGCCCUCAAAGAGUAUCAUUUCGCGCUGGAGGAUCUGCGACUGGCCGCCGAGCACGAACUGCCGGAUAAACCGACGGAUGGCGGCGACGGCGGCGGCGGCGGCGGCGGCGGCCGCUACCGAACGAAACUAG